AUGGAAAACCGAACCAUGGUCAAGAAUUUCAUCCUUGUGGGUUUCACAGCUGGCAGGAAGUUGCAGAUCUUUAUGUUUGUGGUUCUCCUUGUCAUCUACAUCUCAAUUAUAAUUGGAAACAUAGUGAUUGUCACCAUCAGCAUCGUGGACCGUGGGCUCCGUGUGCCCAUGUAUUACUUUAUUUGGAACUUUUCACUCUUGGAAAUUGGUUUCACUUCUUCUGUCAUUCCUAAGGUCUUGUUCAACCUCGCAUCAGGAGAAAACACAAUUUCUGUGAUUGGUUGCUUUGUUCAACUUUUUUUAUAUUUCAUCUUUGGCACGACAGAGUUUCUUCUCUUGGCAGCAAUGUCAUUUGACAGGUAUGUAGCCAUCUGCUACCCCUUGUCUUACUCCACCAUAAUGAGCAAUGGGCUUUGUAGCUUACUAGUGCUUGGUUCAUGGGGGCUGAGUUUUGCACUUCUGAUUGGCCCAUCAAUUGUUGUCUUCCAGUUACCCUUUUGUAACCAAAACAUUAACCAUUUCUUCUGUGACAGUGCACCUUUAAUAAAACUUUCCUGCACAGAAACACCUGUUCUAGAUCUUGUUAACUUCUCCAUAGCUGUUUUUUCUCUCCUGGGCACUCUUAUUAUCACAGUCCUGUCUUAUGCCAAUAUAAUUUCCACUAUAUUGCACAUUUCAUCUGCUUCAGGGAAGCAGAAAGCCUUUUCCACUUGUGCAUCUCACCUUAUUCUUGUCUUCAUCUCUUAUGGGAGUUGCAUUUUCAUGUAUGUUAAACCCACACACAUGGGUGGGCUUGACAUCAGCAAAGGGGUAGCUAUUCUCAACACAGUGGUAUCUCCUCUGCUCAGCCCAUUCAUCUUCAGUCUGAGGAACAGGCAGGUUCGAGAAGCCUUGCAAAAAUAUUUCUCCAUGUGCAGUUCUUACAGAACAAUUCUGAGUCUGAUGAGAAGUGAAAAGUAA